AUGGAUCAAAUCAUAACUGGUAUUAUUAAAAGUACACAUCCAUUUAAAGUAAAACAACAAUUACUUGAACGUUUAAAAUCAGCAUAUUUACAAACUCCUUGUUCAACAACAAUACCAGUAAACAAUCGAGCAUGUUAUCAUAUUAUAAACUAUGUACGUGAAUUAACAUCAACUAAAAUUGAUCUUGAUACAUUAGCAUUUUGUCGUACUUGUUUGGAAUGUUGUCAUAGUCCCGAAUGUCUUUGUUCAAUUGCUGAACAUUUAAUAAAUGAUGCACAUAUUGAUUUAUCAAUACCAUUUGUCCAAUUAUUAAGUGAUCGUUUACCAAUUGAAAUUGGUCGACCAUUUUUAGAACGUGCUAUUUUUGAAAGACAUGAAUUAAAUAAUGAAGCAUUACAUUUUAUUUUAUUAUCUAUAACAAAAAAUCGACAAUUAACUGAUGGACAACGAACAAUAUUCUAUAUAAAAUUAGUUGAAUUAGUUUUAUUUCGUUUACGUACAUUUGAUCAUUCAAUUGAACAAGUUGAAUUAUUUUGUAAACAAUUAUUAUCAACUAUUGAAGAAUUAUGUUAUGAAAAUAAUAAAAAGUCGAAUCAUUUAUUAAAUGAUAUUGUUAAUGGUGUUACAAGUGGUUUAUUAACAUGUUUAGCUGAUUCAACAGUAACAAAUGAACCAUCAACAGCAUUAGCAAACAUUAUUGACCUAUUACAAGAAUGUCCAAAUGAAAAUUUACUUGAUUCAUUUAUUUUAACAAUCGAUGAUGAUAGAUUAAUAUUAUGUCUCAAUCGUUUAGCUCGAGUUUUUCGUUGGCCAUGUUCAACAACAAAACCAUCACAAUGGCUUGUUUCAAUUUGGAAAUUAUUAUUUAAACGUGAACGGGAAAUGCUUGUAGCACAAUCAGCAUCAUCAUCAAUUAUCUCCGAUUUAAUAUCAAUGCUUGGUAAUCCAUCAUCUUAUCAAAAUGUUAUUCCAGCUUUAUGUUGGAUAUUUGUAAAUCAACCAUUUCAUUUACAAACUUUUGCAAGUACUUUACAAAGUGAAAUGGUUCAACUUGUUCUAAAUAAUCCAAAUUUUCUUAUUGAUAAUAUUGAAAUGAAUAAUCUUGUUGAAAGUGUUCGUUAUGGUCUUAAAAGUUUAUUAAAUAAUGAAGAUAAUCUUCUUAAUAAUGAAUUAUUAAAUAAUUUACUUCAAAGUCUUCCAAAGCCAAAUUCAACUUAUGCAAAAAAUAUUCAAUUAAUGAAAUGUAAAUCAUCAUCAAUAGACAAUUAUUCAAAUGAAAUACCAAUUCGUUUACAUGAUAAAGUUGGUUUAAUUAAUAUUGGCAAUACUUGUUAUCUAAAUGCAAUUAUGCAAGCAUUAUAUGCUUGUACAAAAUUUCGACAAUGUGUACUUAAUUGUGAUAUAUUGUCUUCAAAUAAUGAAUUAUUAAAAUCUCUACAAAAUUUAUUUGCUUUUUUAACACUUUCACAAAGACCACAUUAUCGACCAGAAAGAUUUUGGCAUCAAGCAAAACCAUCUUAUUUUGAACAUAAUCAACAACAAGAUUGUCAAGAAUUUCUUCGACAUUUCCUUGACGCACUUCAUGAAGAAGCAAAAAAAACAACACAAAAUGAAUCAAAUCUCGAUCUUGUUAAACAACAUCUUAUGGGUACAUGUGUACAUCUGAGUAAAUGUUUAACAUGUUCAUCAAUAACGAAAUCUCAAGAUUUAUUUUAUGAAUUAUCUAUUGGUUUUCAUGAACAAUCAUCAACAAAUGAUGAUCAACAAAAAAUCUUUGAUUUACAAUCUCUUAUUGAUCAUACAUUUGCAUGGGAAUCAUUAAUAAAUGAAAAUCAAUUUGCAUGUGAUAAAUGUGGUAAAAAAGAAGAUGGUUCACGUCGAAUGUUUUUAACAUCACAUCCAAAUUAUCUUGUUUUAUUAUUAAAACGUUUUGUACAUAAUCAUCUUACUGGUAAAUAUGAAAAAUGUCUUGAUCGUACAACAUUACCAGAAUUUAUACAAUUAUUAACUGUAAAUGAAACAUUUAUAUCAUAUCGAUUAAAAGCAAUUGUUGUUCAUCAUGGUUUAUCAAUGAAUAGUGGACAUUAUUAUGCAUUUGUUAUGAUUAAUAAUGAUGAUUUAAUUGAUAAAAAUAAUAAUAAUUCGAUUGGUUGGUGGCUUUUUAAUGAUACACAUGUUGAACAUUUAACAUAUGAAAAUGUUUAUGCACAUUUUCAACGUUUUCCAUCAGCUACACCUUACGUUCUUAUAUAUGAAAAACAACUUCAAGAAAAAGAAACCGAAACUACACAACUAUCAAUUGUACCUUAUUUACAAACAUUCGUUGAUCGUGAUAAUCAACUUUAUACUCAAGAACAAAAACGUCGUGGUCGUUCAUCAAGAUCAGCUGAUGUAUCAGAUGUAAAUGAACCUUAUUUACGAAAUACCGGAUGUAAAGAUCAAAGUCCUGAUCGUGGACCACCAUGUAUUUUUUAA